AUGACAAAAGAACAGAAAAACACUUUACUAAGUGUUAGUGAUAGUUUAUCAAGUGAAGAUGAAUCCGAAGAUGAUGAUGAUAUAUUAACAUCAAUACCAGUUACCCGCAACAGAAAGCAAAAAGAUGAUAAUCAACAGUUGUCAAGAAAAGCAUCAGUUGAUGAUAUUCCCGGUGAAGCAAAAGCUGUUCUUCUUACAUUAUCACAAUGUAAAAAGAUUGUAAAAUUUAUCAAAAAGGUAGAUCUUGUGAAAUUUUUAUAA